CUCCCGACGGUUCAUAAAAAUGGAGUGCGUCGCAAAAAAUAGCAAGCUGAAUAAUGCAGGCAAGAUGACCUUCCUUUCGCGCACCGAAACCUUUGCAGCCGCCCAUAGACUGAGCAGCAAAUCUCUGAAUGAGGAUGAGAACAGGAAGCUGUUUGGGAAAUGCAAUCAAAGCCAUGGACACAACUAUAAAGUGAUAGUGACCAUAUGUGGAAAGAUUGACCCCAUCAGUGGCAUGUUCAUGAAUAUUUACAAGCUUCAAGAAUACAUGCAGGAAGCCAUCAUGAAGCCACUUGAUCACAAGAACCUGGACCAGGACGUGGAUUAUUUUGCCGAUGUUAUAAGCACCACAGAGAACGUAGCCGUGUACAUCUGGAACAACCUUGAAAAAAUCCUUCCAACUGGAUGCCUGUACAAAGUCAAGGUCUACGAAUCCGACAAAAACUUUAUUGUAUACAAGGGAAACUAAAUAUAUAUACACGUAGCAGGAGGAGGCACGGAUAGGAGAGCUAUUUCCCCAUGUAUCAUAUUAACGCUCAUUGUGAGAUCGAACUGACACUCCCCAAUAAG